UUUGAAAUUUUUCAUUCUUUUCGUUUCAAGCCACGUUCUGGCUGGUUGAAAUUAAUUUAUUUCUAUAUAAAUCGUGGAUUAUACGCCAUAAAUUAUCCGUGUUAAUCGAAUAUUUUCUUCGCAGAUCAAUUUUACGUCCUUUCCGGUGUCUAACAAAGAUUGAAAAAUGGCAGCCUUAAUUGAAAAAAAUUCGGUUUGGACUGAUAAGCAUCUUUAUGACGAUGCUGAAAGGGUUUACUACGAGAAUUUGGCCAAGGGCCCUGUCGUGAAGCAAGUUUCUUUAGCCGGUGAAGUCGCAAAAGCUCGUGAACGUAUUAAGCAAUCAUUGGAAAAUGUCGAUGAUUUGAAAUUAUCCGGAUCUAAUGUUAAUGUUCAAAGUCAAAUCGCUUCCGUAGAAGAAAAAGUCGAUACUUUGAGAAAAGAUUUCGAAGAACUUCGUCUUGCGUUUUCAAGUUUAGAAAAAUUGGUUAGGAAUUUAUCUCUUGGUCCAAAAGCACCGGAAAGUAACGUGUGUAAGAAACCUGAAACUAAUGUAUGUAAGAAACCAGAAGCUGCCAAACCACCACCAAAAGACGACGAUGAUGAUGUUGAUCUUUUCGGUUCCGGAUCUGAGGAUGAAGACGAAGAAGCUCAGAAAAUCAAGGAGCAACGUGUAGCUGAAUACGCUGCCAGAAAAUCCAAAAAACCAGUACUGAUUGCUAAAUCAAACAUAAUCUUGGAUGUUAAACCGUGGGAUGACGAAACCGAUAUGAAAGCGCUUGAAAAAGAAGUUAGAAACGUCGUUAUGGACGGAUUAGUCUGGGGUGCUUCUAAACUUGUCCCGUUAGCUUACGGAAUUCAUAAAUUGCAAAUAUCCUGCGUUGUGGAAGAUGAUAAAGUUUCGGUUGACGAGCUUCAAGAAAAACUUCAAGAGAUCGAAGAUUAUGUCCAAAGUGUCGAUAUCGCUGCUUUCAAUAAAGUGUAAAUUCAUACGUAUAUCAUAUAUUUAUUAAUGCUCUUUUUCAAGUACAAUUUUCUCAACACUAUUGUCAUUUAAAAAAAUUGAAAUACAUGUAACCUUUUAUUAAA